GCCCUUUUUUUUUUCGCCGCGCGGAGCAAAGCAGCGAGCGAGCGAGAGCGAGAGAGACGGACGGGCUCCUCCGGUUGGCUUUGCGAGGACUCGCCACGGGAACCGCCGGGAUGCUGGGUGGCCGGGCGCUGGUGGCGGCCGUCUGCGCCGCGGCAUUGCUGAGCGUGGCUCAGGCCUCCAGCCGACUGGACGAGGCCUCGUUCCCGGAGGACACCGAGUCGGAGAUCACGCACUGGUUCCGGAAGAGUUACGAUAGCACUUUUGACGAUGAGGAUCUCCUGGCUGGUGGUCCCUCCGGAGAUGAGUACGGCAGCGGAGACAACGGCAGUGGGACCAUCUCAGUCGAGCCCCCAGGCAGCUCCAGCGAGUCUCUUCUCUCUACAGUCUACUUCCGGGCCCUGGUGAACUUCACCCAUUCCAUCGAGUACAGCCCCCGCCUGGAAGAUGUCAACUCGGAGCCCUUCCAGGAGGUGUCCGAAGCGGUUGUGGAUACGCUGGAGUCUGAAUACCUCAAGAUCCCCGGUGAGCAGUCGGUCAGUGUGGUUUUUAUCAAGGAGAUCGAUGGCUACAGCUUUGUGGAGCUGGACGUGGGAUCCGAGGGGAACACGAACGAUCAGCAGAUCCGCGAGGUGCUUUUCUCCGUCGUGGCCAGCGGGUCCAUCGCCUCCUACCGCACCUCCCGGAGGGGAUUCCAGUUCCGGCGCCUGGGAGCAGUCUCCCCAGAGAUCCGGCCCUGCACGGCGGACGAAUUCUCUUGCCUGAAUGGGGAGUGCAUCGCCCGCGAAUUCUUCUGCGACCGGCGACCGGAUUGCCGCGACAUGUCAGAUGAGCUGGACUGCGAGGAGCCCGAGCCCCCCGAGUGUGCCCAGCAGGAGUUUGCCUGUGACAGCGGUGAAUGUGUGCUCCGAGAGUUGCGCUGCAACGGACACCCCGACUGCGGAGACGCUUCUGAUGAGGAUGGCUGCGCAGAACUCGAGAGACCUUUGGAGCCUGCCUCCUCCCCGUGGCCCAGCACUGCCCGGCUCCCUGCCACCACCUCCCCCAUCACCACCCGCCGGGCGCCGGUCACCGUGCCUCCUCGGGUGGAGAUUUCCAAGACCCAACUGGUCCCUGGAUUGCGCCCUUGCCCGAAAGACGAGACCCUGUGCGCCAACGGGCAAUGCAUCCGCCGAGACUACUUAUGCGACGGCGAGCGGGACUGCCCGGAUGGCAGCGACGAACAGAACUGCGGCACCCCCUCGCCCUGCGAACCCAAUGAGUUCCGAUGCCGGAACGGGCACUGCGCCCUCACGCUCUGGCGCUGCGACGGGGACAAUGACUGCGCCGAUGGCUCUGACGAGCUGGAAUGCCCCACCAAGGGCCCCGGAGACACCUGUGGCCCCGACCAGUUUGUCUGCCUCUCCAGCCACACCUGCAUCCCAGCCAGCUACCAGUGUGACGACGAGGCCGACUGCCAGGACCGCUCGGACGAAAUCGGCUGCAUCCCUCCACAGGUCAUCACUCCUCCAGAGGAGUUCAUCCAGGCCACCCCAGGGGACACCGUUCGCUUCACCUGCGUGGCCGUGGGCGUGCCGACCCCCCUCAUCUCCUGGAGGCUCAACUGGGGCCAUAUCCCCACCAGCCGCAGGGUGAGCUUCACCAGCGAGAAUGGCCGUGGGACACUAGUCAUCCAAGAUGUCAAGGAGGCCGACCAAGGGGCUUACACCUGCGAGGCCAUCAAUGCCCGGGGAAUGGUUUUUGGUAUCCCGGAUGGUGUUUUGAGCCUCACUCCCGGCCAAGGACCAUGCCCCGAGAGGCACUUCCACAUUGAAGGGACCGGCCAGUGCUUGCCCUGUUUCUGCUUCGGGGUCGCCAAAUCAUGUCGCAGCACCGGCCGCUACCGUCAACAAAUCCACCUCCGAUUCGAUGAACACAACAAUUUCAAAGGGGUGAACGUGACCACGCUCGAUCAGCCCGGCACGCCUCCCCUCGCCUCGACGCAGAUGCACAUCGACCACAGCACGCAGGAGUUCCAGCUGGUCGAUCUCUCUCGGCGCUUCCUGGUGCACGACUCCUUCUGGGCCCUCCCCAAGCAGUUCCUGGGGAACAAGGUAGAUUCCUACGGAGGCUCCCUCCAGUACACGGUGCGCUACCACCUAGGCCGAGGACAGUCAGAACCCGUCCCGAAGCCGGACGUGGUCCUUGUGGGCAAUGGGCAGAAGCUGCUUUACCGGCUGCAGGCGCUUCCCGAGCCCUUUGUGACCAACCGACGCCAGGUCCAUUUCACAGAGGGGAGCUGGCAGAAGGAGUCCGGGGAGCCCGUCAGCCGAGAGGAGCUGCUCCUCACCCUGCAGAACCUGGAGGCCCUCAUGAUCCAGACGGUGUACGAUAAUCGGAUGGCCACGGUGGGACUGAGCAACAUCGUCAUGGACACCACCACCACGGAGGUCACCGGCCUGGGUGUGGCGCAUCACGUGGAAGAGUGCAGGUGCCCCGUGGGCUACUCUGGCCUUUCCUGUGAACAGUGCGAGCCUCACUUCAAGAGAGUGUCCGGCGGCCCCUACCUGGGAAUCUGUUCCGGCUGCAGCUGCCACGGCCACUCGACCUCCUGCGAUCCCUUCUCUGGCUACUGUCUGAACUGCCAGCACAACACCGAAGGACCACGAUGCGACAAAUGCAAGCUGGGCUUCUUUGGCGAUGCCACCCAAGCCACCCCGACGGCCUGUCGGCCUUGCCCGUGCCCGUACACCGAAGCUCCGCGCAGGUUUUCCAACUCUUGCUUCUUGGAUACGGACAGACAGGCGACCUGCGAUGCCUGCUUCCCGGGCUACACAGGACGCCGCUGCGAAAGGUGCGCUCCUGGCUACAAAGGCAACCCCAUCCAGCCCGGUGGGAAGUGCGUGCUGAUUGGAGGAGACAUCGACGUUCCAGGGGAGGAGGUCAUCUGCGACGAGCGAGGGGGCAGGAAGGCUUCGAAUGGGGGCUGCCGCUGCAAGCCGAACGUCCAGGGGCCGUCCUGCAACGAGUGCGCCACGGGCAGCUUCCACUUGAGCCACAGGAACCCCGAGGGCUGCCUCCGCUGCUUCUGCAUGGGGGUCUCACGCCAGUGCGCCAGCUCCUCUUGGAACAGGGAUCAGGUGCAGCUGACUCACGAGGAUGCCCAGAGGGGGCAGUUCAGCCUCGCCAAUUCUGCCAACACCCGGACGGUCAGCGAGGGGAUCCGCUUUACGGAGGGCUCGGAGCUCACCUUCUCUUCCUUCCACAUUCUGCCACGGGACGUCUACUACUGGGUGCUGCCCGAGCGCUUCAGGGGAGACAAGGUGACCUCGUACGGAGGAGAACUCCGCUACACCAUCAGCCACGAUGCCUUCCCCGGCUCUCCUCUGCUGCGUGGCCGGGCCGACGUUCUGAUCCAGGGAAACGGCAUUUUCCUGGAACACGUGGCUGCAAGCACCCCUCUGCCCGGGGAGCCAACCACCUUCACUGUGUCCUUCCGGGAGCAAGCAUGGCACCGUGCCGAUGGGCAGAACGCCACUCGGCAGCACCUCCUGAUGGCGCUGGCUGACAUAGAUGUUUUCAUGAUCCGGGCCUCCUAUGCCGAGCGACCUUCCGAGACCAGGAUCUCCAAUAUCUACAUGGAUGUGGCAGUACCACACGCCACAGGCCUGAGCCCAGCCCCGGAGGUCGAGGAGUGCACUUGCCCGCCCGGCUACCGAGGGCCAUCCUGCCAGGACUGUGACAUUGGGUACACCCGCAGCACCAGCGGCCUCUACCUGGGCACCUGCGAGCCAUGCAGUUGCAACAGGCACGCAACCGAGUGCGACGUGGAGACAGGAGAGUGCCAGGGCUGCCAGCACCACACGGAAGGGUUCCACUGUGACCGUUGCCAGCCUGGAUUCUACGGAGAUGCCCAACAUGGGACGGCCGGAGACUGCCGGCCGUGCCCCUGCCACGGACCAUCCUCAGCCAUCCAAGAAUCUGGGACCUGCUUUGUGGACGCCGAUGGAGAGCCAACCUGUGACUCCUGUGCUCAGGGUUACAUCGGACGCCAGUGUGAAAGGUGUGCUCCGGGCUUCGUUGGGAACCCUAGCCAGGGUCAGCCCUGCACAGAUUCCACCUCCGGAUGCCAUUGCAACCCACACGGCAGCCUCAGCAACCGCUGCGAUGCCAGCAGGCAAUGCCAGUGUAAGGACCACGUCGAGGGCCUCUCCUGCGGCAGCUGCCGCCCUCAUCACUUCCAUCUGAGUGCGGAGAACCCCCUCGGCUGCCUGCCUUGCUUCUGCAUGGGAGUCACCCAGCUAUGCACCAGCUCAUCCUACCACCGCGAUGUGGUCAGCACCUCCUUCCAUCCCGGCGACUUCCAGGGCUUCGCGCUGGUCAACCGGCAGCGCAGCGUCCGCCUCCCGAGCGGCUUUGCGGUAGAGAUGUCCCCCGAGGGCCCUCAGCUCUCCUACGACCAAUUUAGGGAGCUGAGCCAGGAGUCUUAUUACUGGCAGCUGCCGGACGCCUACCUGGGAGACAAGGUGGGAUCCUACGGGGGACGCCUCCGCUACACCCUUUCCUACUCGGCCGGAGGGAGAGGCACCCCGCUGCCCGAUGCGGAUGUACAGAUUACCGGCAAUGACAUCACCCUAGUGGCCUACCUGUCCGAGCUGCGGCCUCACGAGCACAAGGCUUUUGAGGUCAUCUUCCGGGAGCAAUUCUGGAAGCGGCCGGAUGGGCAGCCCGCCACGCGGGAGCACCUGCUAAUGGCCCUGGCCGACCUGGACGAGAUCCUCAUCCGGGCCACCCACUCCACGGACAUGCUUUCGGCGGGCAUCACCGGCGUCAGCAUGGAGACUGCGGUGCCCACCUACACCAGCCUGCCCCGGGCUUUGGAAGUGGAGCAAUGCCGCUGCCCGCCCGGAUACGAGGGCCUUUCUUGCCAGGACUGCGCGGCUGGCUACACCCGGACCGGCGGAGGGCUGUACCUGGGCCACUGCACACUGUGUGAAUGCAACGGGCACUCGGAGUCCUGCCACCCUGAGACUGGCACUUGCUCGCACUGCCUGCACCACGCGGCUGGGGAGUUCUGCGAACGGUGCGCCCCUGGCUACUACGGAGAUGCCACCGCCGGGACCCCCGAGGACUGCCAGCCGUGCGCUUGCCCAUUGCCGGAUCCUGAGAACCAAUUCUCGCAGACGUGCGAGAGCCUGGAAGGCGGCGGCUAUCGCUGCACCGCCUGCGAACCUGGUUACACCGGCCAGUAUUGCGAACAAUGUGCCUCUGGAUAUACGGGCAACCCCAACAUCCGUGGGCAGAAAUGUCUUCCUUCGGGACCCCCCGACCAGCCCCGCCUGGUGGUCCAAAUCCAUCCCUCCCGGACAGCUGUGUCCCAGGGCAGCGACGUGACGCUGCUUUGCCAGGUCAGUGGGGAGCCCCCCCAUUACUUCUACUGGUCCCGGGAAGACGGGCGCCCUGUGCCAAGUACUGCCCAGCGCAGGGAGCAAGGCGUCGAGCUGCACUUUGCUAGCAUCCGGCCCUCGGAGGCCGGCGUCUAUGUCUGCACCUGCCGAAACCCCCAGUUCACCAACUCCAGCCGCAGCGAGGUGAUCGUCACAGAAGGUCCCAGCAAGGCUAUCUCCGUGACGGUGGAAGAGCAGAAGGUGCAGAACGUAAAACCAGGCAGUGACGUCACCUUCCUCUGCACGGCCAGGAGCAAGUCUCCCGCUUACACGCUGGCGUGGACACGGCAGAACAACGCGAAGCUGCCCAGCCGCGCCAUGGACUUCAACGGCAUCCUGACCAUCCGGAACGUGCAGCCGGAGGACGCCGGCAUCUACAUCUGCACGGGCUCCAACAUGUUUGACAUGGACGAGGGGACGGCCACCCUCUACGUACAAGCUGCCGCUGCCGUCCAGCCCACGGCCGCCAUUGAACCCUCCCAGCUGAGCGUCCAGCCAGGUCAACCAGCCGAGUUUCGCUGCAUCGUGACCGGAAGCCCAGAGCCCACCGUGGAGUGGAUCGGAGGACCCAGGGGCGUCAUCUCCCCCAAGGCCAUAAUCCAGGAUGGGAUCUUGCGUUUCCCUGCGGUCGAGCCUGCCGACGAGUCCCAGUACCUGUGCCGAGUGCAAAACAGCGCCGGGCAGCACAUGGCUCGAGCUUUCCUGCAAGUGCAAAGUACCAACGUCCCCCAAGUGCAGGUGAGCCCCGAACGGACAGAGGUGCAGGAGGGCAGCACCGUCAGACUGUACUGCCGGGCUGCGGGCUCCCCAGCGGCCACCAUCACCUGGGAGAAAGAGGGCAGCAGCCUGCCUCCACAGUCCCACACCGAGAGAACCGACAUCUCCACCCUGGUGAUACCCUCCAUCACGGCUGCCGACGGUGGGGUGUACUUGUGCGUGGGCAGCAGCUCGAUGGGAGUCGGCAGAGCCCGCAUCGAAGUAGCGGUCAUUCGGGGUAAGGCGCGACCUCCACCGAUCGUUAAGAUUGAACCUUCGUCCUCUUCGGUCACCGAAGGCCAGUCCUUGGACUUGAACUGUGUGGUGGCCGGCCACCCUACAGCGUCCGUCACGUGGUACCGGCGUGGAGGGGCCCUACCAGCCAACCACCAGAUCUAUGGGUCCCUCCUGCGAAUCUUAGAGGUCUCGGCCGCUGACUCCGGGGAAUAUGUCUGCCGAGUCAGCAAUGGAGCCGGCCCGAAGGAAGCCUCCAUCAAGGUGACCAUCCAGCAGAGCCCCACUUCCUCUCAAGGGCCUCAGUCGCCAGUCCAGAUUGACUCUGCCUCCUCUUCCAUUGCCGAGGGUCAGUCCUUGGACCUCUCCUGCCAGGUCACUGGCCUCUCGCAGCCCAGAGUCACUUGGUACAAGCGGGACGGGUCCCUCCCGACUAAUCGCAAGAUUUCCGGCCUCCAUUUGAGGAUUCUCAAAGCCACAGUAGCGGACUCGGGCGAAUAUGUGUGUCGGGUGACUGACGGUGACAGCGGCGUCGUUCGAGAGGUGUCCAGAGUGAUCACUGUGCACAGCAGCUCCGAAAGUGACUCAGAAGCUCGGGUCCCAGCCUCGGGAGUUAGGCCUCCGCUCUGGAUCGAGCCUUCGUCGCUCUCCCUUGUCCCAGGACAAGCCUUGGACUUGAACUGUGUCGUGGCCGGCCAAACUGGCGCCACCAUCACAUGGUAUAAACGAGGCGGAUCCUUGCCAGCUGGCCACCAGGUCUCCGGUUCCCAUCUGCGCAUUCCCCGAAUCUCCCCGGCUGACUUGGGGGAAUACGUCUGCCGCGUCAACCUAGAUUCCCUCACCCGAGAAGCUUCCAUCCUCAUCUCCGUCACCCGCUCCUCCUCCACUUUUGGCGUGGCUGUCCCGGUGAGGAUCGAGGCCUCCUCGUCUAUCAUAGCGGAAGGGCAAACACUGGAGCUGGACUGUGUGGUUGCCCAUUCGGAGCAGGCCAUGGUUACCUGGUACAGACGGGGUGAAGCCCUGCCAGCCCACCACCAGGCCUUGGGAACUCGCCUGCGUCUGGUCAAGAUCUCUCCGGCCGACUCCGGAGAGUACGUUUGCCGGGUCAGCUCCGAUGCCGCCAGCCAGGAAGCCUCCGUCUUGGUCACCGUCCAGCAGCAGGAGAGCAGCCCCAAUUUCCCCGCUGGGGUUGUCCCACCAGUACAGAUCGAGUCUUCUUUCACCUCGCCCUCCGAGGGCCACACCUUAGACCUUAAAUGCAUCGUGGCUGCCUCUGUGCCGCAGGCGAAAAUCACCUGGUAUAAGCGAGGAGGUGCUCUUCCUGCCGGCCACCAGGUCUCCGGCUUCCUCCUCCGCAUCCCACAGGCUUCACCAGCUGACUCUGGAGAAUACGUCUGUCGCGUCAGUCACGGCUCGGCCAUUCACGAGGCCUCGCUGCUGGUGACCAUCAAGGGUGAAUUGGGCUCCUACUCUGUGGGCGUCACUCCCCCGAUCAGGAUUGAAACCCCCUCCUCAGUCAUCUCCGAGGGGCAGACCUUGGACCUGAACUGCCUGGUGGCCGGUCAGUCCCAAGCCAGGGUGAUGUGGUACAAGCGCGAGGGCGCCCUGCCCGUCCACAGUCAGAUUUUUGGAACCCGCCUCCGGAUCUCGCAAGUUUCGGCAGCCGAUUCGGGCGAGUACGUCUGCUACGCGAACGAUGGCACCAGCCGACUGGAGACGUCCAUCAUGGUGUCCAUUUCCAGCAGCUCAGGCGGCUCAUCCACUUCUGGGGUGAUCCUGCCAGUAUGGAUUGAAUCUUCCUCCUCUUCACUCGCCGAGGGGCAAACCAUGGAGCUGAACUGCCUCGUGGCUGGCCAGACGCACCCCAAAGUCAGCUGGUUCAAGAGAGGAGGACCCCUCCCACCCAACCACCAGGUCUCGGGCACUCGCCUCCGCAUCCCGCAGGUCUCCUCCGCCCACUCCGGCGAGUACGUCUGCCGCAUCAGCAGCCCUAACGCUGUCCAGGAGGCAGCGUUGGUGGUCACCAUCCAGGAUAGCGAGGGCCCCUCCCACCCCGCAGGGUCUGCCCCAGCCCUGAGGAUUGAGGCUUCCUCCUCCUCCGCUGUUGAAGGAGAGACCCUGGAUCUGUCGUGCGUUGCUCCAGGCCAGCCCCAGGCCACAUUCACCUGGUAUCGGCGAGAGGGUCAGCUGCCUGCAGGUCACCAGGUCUCCAACGCCCGCCUGCGACUGGUUCAACUCGCCCCUGCCGAUUCUGGCGAAUACGUCUGUCGUGUUAGUGGAGGCAGCAUCCUGCAAGAGGCGUCCUUCGUGGUCUCUGUCGUGGCCAACACCAGUCCCGCUUCCCGUCUGCAGAGCCCCAUCAUCUCCAUAGAGCCCCACAGUGUGGUUGUGCGCGGAGGGGAAGAGGUCUCCUUCAGGUGCCACGUCCACAAAGGCACCCCGCCUCUCGAGAUCACCUGGAAGCUUCCCAACAAUCAACUGCUAGAUAAUGUGAGGAUCAGCCCUAACGGCUCUGCGAUCACCAUCUCCAAUGCCCGUCCGGAAAACCACGGUGCCUACCGGUGUGUGGUCUCCAACCAGUUUGGGAUUGCCAACAGCCUAGUCAACGUCCUGGUCCAAGGACUGCCUACCGUCUCAGUGGUGCCGAAGGGACCCCUGCAGCUCAAAGUGGGCAAAUCCAUCAGCGUGGACUGCCUGGCAGACGGGGAACCCCGGGCUGUGGUGCGCUGGACCAAGCUGGGAGCCUGGAAGAAGCUGGAGAACCAGAGGAUGCUGCCCUUGGAAAGCAGAGCGGUGCUGCAGAUCUCCUCUGCAAAGCUGGGAGAUGCCGGCACCUAUGUGUGCGUGGCCCAGAACUCCGUGGGCACCACAGAGGCGCAGGUGGACAUAAGCGUGGAGGCGGUGCACGGCAACAGAGGAGUCCCCGAAAUCCACGUGACUCCGACCCAGACAGUGAAGGCGGGACAGACGGCUCGACUCCAUUGCUCUGCUACAGGUGACCCAACUCCCACCAUCCACUGGUCCAAGCUGCGGGCUCCCUUGCCAUGGCAGCAUCAGGUGGUGAAUGACACUCUCAUCAUCCCCCGGGCGGCUCAGCAGGACUCGGGCCAGUACAUCUGCAACGCCAGCAACUCUGCGGGGUUCACCGAAGCCUUCGUGGUGCUGGAUGUGGAAAUACCACCCUACGCCACCAGUCUUCCCAACCGAGCAGUGGUGCACGAGGGUGACGCGGUGCAGCUGCAGUGCCUGGCCCACGGCACGCCCCCCCUGCGUUACCAGUGGACCAAGGUGAACGGCAGUCUCCCCGGACGGGCCACGGUGCGAGAUGGUGUCUUGCAGUUCAGCCCGGCCGGGCACCGGGAUUCAGGCACCUACCGUUGUCACGUCAGCAACCGGGUGGGCUCCGCUGAGGCUUUAGCCCAGGUCUAUGUGCAAGGCCAUGCUGGAGGACCCCUCUCCGUUCAGGUCACCCCGCAGAGUGACACCAAAGCCGUGGGUGCCACAGCAGAGUUUGUGUGCUCCAUUUCCGGGGAUCCCAGGGCACAGAUCGAGUGGCUCAAAGAGGGUGGAGAGCUGCCUCCCACUCAUACCAUCCGCAAUGGAGUGCUGCGGAUUGAGAAGCUGGACCUGGAGUGCCAGGGGGUAUAUGUGUGUCGGGCCAGGAGUCCCUCCGGCCAAGCCCAGGAGAGGGUCAGCCUGACUGUCCGGGCCCUCCCCAAAGUGAUGAUCAACAUCCGGACAUCGGUGCAGACCGUCCUGGCAGGCAACGCUGUGGAGUUUGAGUGCCUGGCCUUUGGGGACCCCAAGCCGGACCUCACCUGGAGCAAGGUGGGCGGGCAGCUGCGCCCAGGAGUGCUGGUCAGCGAAGGCCUGGUGAAGAUCGAGCGGGUGGAGCAGGCCGACGCGGGAAAGUACCGCUGCACAGCCACCAACAACAUCGGCACCGUCCAGUCCCACGUCAUCCUGCACGUCCAGUCUGUCCCGCAAGUGGCCACCCAGCCAGAAGUGAAGGAGGUUUCCGCCGGUUCCACCGUGGUUUUCCCUUGCUCAGUCUCUGGGUUCCCCGUCCCGGAAAUCAAGUGGACCAAGCUGGAGGGGGAGCUGCCCCGGCAUGCCCAGCUGGAGGGCCACAGCCUGACCAUCCCCUCGGCUCGCCCGGAAGACACGGGCGUCUAUGUGUGCACGGCGUCCAACCGGCAGGGGAAGGGGACGGCCUUCUCCAUGCUCAAAGUCCGAGAGCGAGUGGUGCCCUAUUUUACCCAGAAUCCUCAGUCCUACCUGGUCCUGCCAACCAUGAAAGAUGCCUACCGGGUGUUUGCCCUCGAAAUCACCUUCCGUCCUGACACUCCAGAUGGGAUGUUGGUUUACAACGGCCAGAAGAAGAACACAGGCAGCGAUUUCGUCUCCUUUGGGCUGGUGGGGGGCCGCCCGGAACUCAGGUUCGAUGCUGGUUCCGGCAUGGCCACCAUCCGGCACCCUUCAAUCCUCAACCUGGGCGAGUUCCACACCAUCCGUCUCUAUCGUAACCUGACUCAGGGAUCUCUGGUGGUGGACGGCUACCCCCCUGUGAACGGCAGCUCCCAGGGCAGGUUUCAAGGCCUGGAUCUCAACGAGGAGCUCUACCUGGGCGGGUACCCCAAUUAUGCAGCCAUCGCAAAAACCGGCCUCAGCAGUGGAUUUGUAGGAUGCGUGCGCCAGCUGAUCAUUCAAGGCAAGGAGGUGAUCUUCAAGGAUUUUGACCUGCAAGCUCACGGAGUCUCCAACUGCCCCACCUGCCAAGACCAACCAUGUCAGAACGGAGGGGUCUGCAGAGACUCGGAGAGCAGUAGCUACGUAUGUGAGUGUCCCCAGGGGUUCGCUGGGAGCAACUGCGAGCAUCCUCAGGCCCUGCGCUGUCAUCCAGAGGCCUGUGGGCCCGACGCCACCUGCGUGAACCAAGCCUCCGGGGAGGGCUACACCUGCCGUUGCCUCUUGGGCCGACACGGGAAGAAGUGCAUGGCGGGCCUCACAGUGACCACCCCCCUCUUUCCGGGUGGGAACGCUUUCAUCUCCUACCAGACCCUCACCAGAAACCCAUACGAGCUGCGGCUAGAGAUUGAGGUCAAGCCGCUCUCCCCCAAUGGCCUCGUUCUGUUCAACGGGGGUGACGGGACCCCCGUGGCUGACUUCGUCUCGCUCAACAUGGUCAACGGGCACUUGGAGUUCCGCUACGAGUUAGGCUCAGGUACCGCUGUGCUUCGGAGCCACAAGCCCCUGGCCCUGGGGCAGUGGCACAAGGUGGCGGCCGAGCGCCUGAACAAAGACGGCACCCUGCAGGUGGACGAGGAGCGGCCCGUCAAGAGGUCGUCCCCCGGGAAGAGCCAGGGCCUCAACCUGCGCACUUCUCUCUACCUUGGAGGGGUGGACAACACAAUCAAGCUCCCGGCAGCCACCAACAUCUCUAGCCACUUCCACGGGUGCAUCGGAGAGGUUUCAGUCAACGGGAAGAAGGUGGACAUUUCCUACAGCUUCCUGGAGAGUCGCGGCAUCUCGCAGUGCGCUGACAGCUCCCCUUGCGACCGCAGGCCUUGCCAGCAUGGCGGCCAGUGCUUGCUCACGGGGGAGUACGAAUUCCAGUGCCUAUGUCCGGAUGGCUUCACAGGGGAACGCUGCGAGGUGCCCGAGGUCCACUGCCAGCUCCAUCAUCCCUGCCUGAAUGGGGGCAUCUGCAGGGGCACCGCCUGUCUCUGCCGCCAGGGCUUCUCAGGGGUGUACUGUGAACACGACGAACUGCAGCACCAGCUGAAAGCCGAAUGGCCGGAAGGCAGCGGAGGAAACGACGCUCCUGGACAGUACGGAGCCUAUUUCUGCAACGGGGGCUACGUGGCACUGCCGAGACACACUUUUCCCAGGAGUCUUCCCGAGUCGCCGGAGACCAUUGAGUUGGAAGUGCGAACUACCUCUGCAAACGGGCUACUCUUCUGGCAGGGGGUGGAGGAAGGGGAACCAAGCAAAGGGAAGGACUUCAUUAGCCUCGGGCUGAAGGACGGGCACCUGCUGUUCAGUUACCAACUGGGAAGCGGAGAGGCCAACAUCCGUUCUGAAGACCCCGUGGAUGAUGGAGAGUGGCAUCGAGUGACCGCUGUCCGGGAAGGGAAAAGAGGCUCCCUUCAGGUGGAUGGAGAGGAGGCAACGACCGGAGAAUCUUCCGGCAGGAAUGUCAUGGUCAACACCAAAGGCCGGAUCUAUAUAGGAGGCGCCCCCGACAUCCAGACGCUCACGGCUGGGAAAUACACCUCGGGGAUCACAGGCUGCCUCAAAAACGUAGUUCUGGUCAACGCCCGGCCAGGCCAAGAACCCCGACAGCCCGUAGACCUGCACCAUCAAGCGGAAAUGUCCCUGAACAUUCAGGAGUGCCCCUCAUAGGGGAGGAGGGCCCCACCACCACCUUCCACCCUCCUGCUCUUCGUUGCCAUCGCUGGGCCAAAGGAGAGACAUCUACGCUGAUUAUCAUUAUUUUAUUAUUAUUAUUAUUAUUACAAAUUUUUUAAAAGGAAGAAACACACAAACGGUGCUUUUUGCUGCUGCCAAAAAGGGGAAAGGGCGGAGGGAGUUGGCUCACGGCGUCUUCGGCCUGUGCCGGCAGGAAAGGAGCCCCGCGCGGGCCUUCUCGAAGGACCAGGGAGCCAUGCUACGUUGCCGCCAGAAGCUGCAGAAAGGAGGCCAGAAACAGGUCGGCUUCCCAGAAUUCGGCAAGCAAGCCGGGCGCCCAGACGGCUGUUCUGCUGAGCCGGCUGGCUGUGACUGACCAAAGAUCCUGCCUUCGCCCUCCCUGGGGCAGCGAGAGGAUCCCAGGAAGGUGGUCUCGGCACAUCCCCCGUGCCCAGCAAAUGCCAUAUAGGAGACAGAUCCUUCUGAAGUCCCGUCUCGUUGCCCUGCACAGCCGCAGUGCUUCUGAGAGGUGCCCCCCUCCUCCCAUUUCGCCAGCUGCCUUAACCCCUAGAUCGUGCCUAGGAGCCCUGGGGUCUCGCCCCGUGGAAGGGGCAACCCUGCUGCACCUUGGGAGGUGUCUUUCCCAUUGCCUUUGGGUUGCUUCAGUGCCUUAUUGGGGGGGGGGGGUUUGUCUCCUAACGGAUGCACGUGCUAUCUCCCAGCCCAAUCUCCUCUCACCCACUCUCCGUUGCCUGCUUUGAGUGUUAUUUCUCACAGCAAAACUUCUGGAAAUGAGGCUGCUUCUUGGGUGGGUGGGCGCGGAGAGCAGAGGGGCCCCAUUCGCCAGAAAGUCCUGCCCGUUAUGGGUCAGAACCAGAAGGAUUUUUUUUUACCACUUUCCAAGGAGAAAAGGAGCUUUGUCUAACUAGCCAAGUCCAAAGAAACUUCCAUUGCUUGGACAGGAGAUUGCUGACCGCUGGCACUGCUGUCCGCCGGCAUCCUUGUCUUCUCCUGCCAGCCGUCUCCCAUACACUGGGACCGGCAGCUUUUUGCCUUGGGGGUGCCUUGUGCCUUUCAGCCGGGGCGCCCCACAGUUCUCAUGUGGUCUAGCUGCCCUGGGCAUUUUGGGGCAGCCCCCGUGUCCAGGAUCGGAGCAGCCAGCCUCUCUGCUUCUCCCACCCUCCUUCCCUUGACUGUUCUUGUACUUCUUUUUCUUAAUAAAUGGUGCUGAAACCCCACAA